GUAAUUUGUCAAUUUUAUCCAGAGAAUGAAAUUGUCACUCUUUUAGCCGUUGCCUUAACCUAGUAGCGUGAAACGUCAGUUCCUUUCUUUCCUCACUGGUGACGGACAGUGAAAGCCGAAAUGGAGAAGAAAGAGGAUCAGCAGCAGCAGGAAGAAGAGCAAGUGGUGAAUCCAUGGGAAGUAUCAGCCAAAGACGGCGGAAAGAUCGAUUACGACAAGCUCAUUGACAAAUUCGGCUGCCAAAGGCUCGAUCAAUCCUUCGUCGACCGCGUCCAACGCCUCACUUCUUGUCCUCCUCACGUCUUCCUCCGCCGUGGCGUCUUCUUCGCCCAUCGAGAUUUGAAUGAGAUAUUGGAUGCCUACGAGCGAGGGGACAAGUUUUAUUUGUAUACCGGACGAGGACCUUCUUCUGAAGCUUUGCAUUUGGGCCAUUUGAUUCCCUUUAUGUUUACCAAAUACCUUCAAGAUGCCUUCAAGGUUCCUCUUGUUAUACAGCUUACUGAUGAUGAGAAGUGCAUGUGGAAAAAUCUUUCUGUGGAGGAGAGCCAAAGACUUGCCCGCGAGAAUGCUAAAGACAUUAUUGCUUGUGGUUUUGACAUAUCAAAGACAUUCAUAUUCUCGGACUUUGAUUAUGUUGGAGGUGCCUUUUACAAAAAUAUGGUCAAAGUUGCCAAGUGUGUCACAUACAACAAGGUUGUUGGUAUAUUUGGAUUCACUGGUGAGGAUCAUAUUGGAAAAGUUAGCUUUCCACCUGUGCAGGCUGUUCCAUCAUUUCCCUCUUCAUUCCCACAUCUAUUCUCCGGCAAGGAUGAUCUACGUUGUCUGAUUCCAUGUGCCAUUGACCAGGAUCCAUAUUUCAGAAUGACACGGGAUGUUGCUCCUCGGAUAGGGUGUCACAAGCCUGCAUUGAUUGAAUCAUUGUUCUUCCCUGCUCUCCAGGGAGAGACAGGAAAAAUGUCAGCUAGUGAUCCAAAUUCUGCAAUAUAUGUGACAGAUUCUGCAAAGGACAUCAAAUACAAGGUAAACAAGCAUGCAUUCACUGGUGGGCAAGAAUCCAUAGAAAAACACAGACAAUAUGGAGCAAAUCUUGAGGUAGAUAUUCCAAUUAAAUAUCUUAACUUUUUCCUUGAGGAUGAUGCUGAACUUGAGCACAUAAAGAAGGAGUAUGGCGCGGGACGCAUGCUAACAGGUGAGGUGAAAAAGCGACUUAUUGAAGUUUUGACUGAACUAGUAGAAAGACAUCGCAGGGCUCGAGCAGCAGUAACGGAUGAGAUGGUGGAUGCAUUUAUGGCUGUAAGACCCCUUCCCAAUAUGUUUGACUGAAUUCGAGAUAAUUAAAUUUAUGAGAAGGUCUCCAAAUUAUUGUGCAAGAAUACAGUUGUGGGUUACAUUUGUACUCCCUUGCAUACAUUCAGUAGACACUGAAUUCAACUUUAGGGAAGUGUAGUUUAUGCUGCAAUUUCAGGGUUGAUUAGGAUAUUUAAUUUUUAAACACGUAUACUCGAUAUAGUGAAGGGAGAGCAAUUUACAAAAUGAUUGAGUGGGUGCAAAAGUGUGCAUGUUAGACAACACAAUUUGUGUCAGAUUUUCAUUUCUUGCCAAUGCAAGGUUCAUUUGAGACCAAUAAUUCUCUAUUAUAAAUUAUUCUAA